CGACUCACCAAUUAUUCUUACAUCGUGCCUGAGCCCUAUUUCUAGGGACCAGGGUUGUUGACAAUUGCGUUUCAACGAGCUCGUUCUGUCAAAUAAACGUAACUAAUCGAGUACUUUACUACGUUUAUACUUUAAGAAAGAAUUUUUCUAUCCGGGUCUUAACUGACGGAGUCCAGUUACAUUAACGUAAAAAUAUUGUAGAAAUCUACUGUUUAUAUUCAACAAUCAUCUCUUAGAAUACAGUGAAAAGUGGCAAAUCUAUUUGUGACACAUUUACCCUGCUGAAAAUGAGCGGAAGAUCUCAAAUGACAGCGAUGAAUGGGAAACGACCAUCUCCCAUUCCGGCUAGGCUACAGCAAGAACCACCAACUCAGCACGAUGAUCUGAUAGCAUACAUCUGUGAAUCAUGGAAUCUGGUAUCCAAAGAACUCGAUAUGUGCCACCAACAGCUUAAUAAUUCUACGAAUUAUAGAAACGGAGCAUCAGUAACCUAUUAUCAAGAAAGAGAGCCUAACCCCCAGCUGAAAGAUUUUGAGCCGUUCAACUUGGAAGCCUGGUGGGGUCAACGUGUCGUCCAGAGCAUCACUAGGAACGCGACCUCCUAGUGUCAAGCCCCGCGCGAUCAUCGGACCUUUUCUCACAAGCAUAAGAAACAGAAAAGAUAAACCCAAAUUGAACAAAUAGUUUGAAUAAUUAUCAUGGGGUGGCGAUUCUUUGAAUUUACAAUGCUUGUUGUGAUUGUUUACAUAAACUAGAGUUGCGACGCAUACUUGGAUAUGUAAUAUCUUGCGUUCGUAACUCGGUUCAAGCAAUAAGAUUACAAUUAAAUUUUGUAAUUAUCGCUCGCUUAGUUUAUAUAGUGACAUGAAAGAGAUGUCGUACUAUUGCCUCCCCUUUAUCUUUUCAAGCAAGAUAUUCGAUAUGUAACUAGUUACAAUCGAAAAGCAAGUGCAAGAAGGUGAGGUUUGCAAAAGAACGAAUAUGUAUAUUAAAUAUGGAAGUGACUUGACGAGUGACUGUAAAUUCCUAAUAAAUCUUUUAUUACUACGAUGAAAACAGUCGCAUAAGGUCAGUUGAAGAAAAGUCUGAAUUUUCAGUAUGGGCAAGAAUUGCAAAUGAGCAUCAUGCAAUAAAAACAAGACGUGUCUUGCAUGGACAGAGGGUUCUUGCAAACCUCUAAAAGAAUUUGAACCAGUAAAUGUAACUAAUUGGCGUUAUAGAAGUAUAGGAAAUUCACCAUUUAGCAUGUUGACACAUUUUGAUGUAACUCACUAAGUAUUAAAAUAUGAAAAAUUUUAAUAUCCUCUCAUCAAUUUUUGACACUCAACUUACGUUGCAUCAUGAUUAAAGCGGUAAAAGCCAUAUUCGUAAAAAUCAAAAUCAGAAUAAAUCAUGCCAUUCGUUAAUAUGCAAAACAGGAUUUAUGCCAGAGUAGUGUUUUUAAAUGAUAUCUAGAUGUUCCCAAAAUGUUGAAGAUAGUUCAAGAUUACGAUCAGUUCAUACAUUUAGGGGAUAUAUUGCGCCGUUAGGUUUUAAAAUCACUAUCUUUAGUGCACGUUGUAGAUAAACGUUACACAAAUUUAAAAUGUCUUACCUGGAAAACUGAGAGAUGUUUAAGUUGGUGACAUUCCUAUAUUAUUUGCUACAAAGCCUAAUGAAUUUUUUGAGCGUGCCUCGUUUCACCUGGACUGUAUGAAUUGUGAAAUGAAUCACUGCCCAAGAAUUUUUAUUCUCUUGGUACGUUUCCAGUCCUGAUAUUUAACUUUUACAGAUUGAAUAUUUCAUAUCUAUACCGAUGAGUAGAAUAGACGAUGUCCAAUGACUCGUUCCGAUUGACAUACAAUCGUAAUUGUAUCGCAGUAAAAUGUUCUUUAUUUACAGUAAAAAGAUUUUAAAAAGUUG